AUGAUCUCGCUUGCCGUCAUCGACCUCGCCGCAGCGAAUCCUCAGCGCUCCCUUUUUAAAUCUGCCUCUAUUGGCGCAUGUCUGUCGCUGUCCUGUGACGCCCUCAAUGUCAGCGUGUUUCCCGCCGGCACCACGUUGUGUGCAAGUGGGCGUACUAAUUUUAGGCGCGAGGUGGACUCGGUCGCCAGGAACGGUGCACGUAUCAUCGGAAAAAGGAGAGGUGAGCGAAAAAGCGCUGGGCUCUGUUUGGCUCCCCUUGCCCAGCGCAACACUGCACUCCUGCACGCCACCUGA